CCGCAAUGAGCAUGCGCCGAUCGACAACUCACUUUUCCAACAUGGCCGUCGCUGGUUGGGAAAUUUUGUAGAACUUUUGGUAUUUUGGCUUUGUUUACUUUUCCACGAGAGCUACAAGUAAAACCUAUAGAAAUGGGACGAUCGAAAAGAAGUGCAAAGCCAAAAAAGAAAGCGGAAAGCGAGGAAGAGUCAGAUAUUUCUGAGCCAGACCCAGAAUCCGAAGACUAUUUCAAAGAUGAUGUUGGUAAAUUCCAUUCUAAACGCGACAAGAUUCUUUUAGAUCCAGAUGACAAUGGUGACUCUGAUAAUUCUAGUGAUGAAGAGGAAGAAGUAAUGGGGCUUGAACUUGGUGAUAGUGAGGACAAUGUUGAAGAUGAUGAUGAUGAUGGUGGUGAUGAUGAUGAAGAUGAUGAUGGUCAGACUGAAGGUCUACCAAGUGAUAAAGCCUGGGGAAAGAAGAAGAAGAAUUAUUAUGAUGCUGAUGUUGGGGAUGCUGAUAUUGAAGUUGACUCCGAGGAGGAAGCCUGGGCGCUGGAGAAGGAAGAGGAGGAGGAAGCAAUUGCUCUACAGAAGCGCAUCAACAUGGCUUUUGAUGAUGAUGAUUUUGACAUUACUGAGAGUGCUCCUGUAGAAGAUGAUGAAGUGGAAUUACAAGAGGAUGAGAAGACUGUGGCACUAGACCUUACAAAGCUGACUAAGGAACAGAAGCUGGAGAUUUUAUCCAGAGAUUCCCCAGAGCUCUUUGAGCUGUUGAAUGAAAUGAAAACAAAGUUGAGAGAAAUAGUUGAUUGUCUCAACCCUCUUCUUGACUUGGUGAAGCAAGGCCACAUUCCUGAUGAGGGUGCAAAAUACAUCGAAUUGAAACACAAGUUAUAUUUAACCUACUGCAUCAAUAUUGCAUUUUACCUGCGUCUGAAAGCUCAGCAGGCAUCUGUCAAAGACCAUCCAGUCAUUGCUAGAAUAGUUCAACUCCGAACGCUAAUAAAAGAACUUGAACCAACUGACUCAAGACUUGAGGAAGACAUUGAGACGCUUCUUGCAAUGCACAAAAAUGGGGAGUUACCAAAUGCAAGUAUGGUCCAAACCAAGAAAUCCAACUUAAAGGAGAAGCUUGGUAAAAAGUCUAAACAAACACAGAAGUUAUCCGCUUUGCUGGCUUCAAGUGAUGAGAGUGACACUGAGGUCAAACUGAACAUGCGCCACCAGGCAAAAUCCAAGAAAAGAAAGCACACAGAUAAGGAAGACAUUGAUCCCCUCGCUUAUUACGAGGAAGUGAAAAUGAAUAAAAAGAAGGCCAAGGAGAUGAAGGAGAUGACAGCCAGGCUGGCUCAUGAGCCUGAGUACCAAGCGGACGAGGAGGGCGAUGGCGAGGGCGGUAAACGAGCUAUUACAUACAAGAUUUCCAAGAACAAGGGACUGACUGCCAGGAAAAAGAAGCAGGAGAGAAAUCCUCGUGUGAAACUUAAAAAGAAAUACUCCAAGGCGGUGAUCAAGCGCAAGAGUCAGGUCCGUGCUGUGGUGAAUGAAGAGACUCGUUACGGUGGAGAAACUACCGGAAUUCGCUCCCAGCUCUCGCGCAGCAUUAAGAUCAAAUGAGUGAAGAUGGUUUACACUUGGCCACAACACUUGGUUUAAUGAGGGAGGAGGAAAGGAGAGCAACGAGGAAGAAAUUGUUAUGAAAAUGGGAGGGGGGGGGGGCAGCCUCGAAAUUUUAAGAAAAAGGGAGGAAUUGGAAUGAAGUAGUUGGAGAAACAGCCUUCGAAAUCUAAGGGAUGAGGGAGAAAUUGUAAAAGAAAUUUAUCAUUCAUCGAGUGCUUCACGGGUAUCAAGCUAAUUCAGGUUUGAAAAAGCUGGAGUAUUCUUGUUUAUGUUGCUGCAAACAUUUACAUUGCUUUCAGAGACAGUGAUUUAACCCUCUACAGGUUUCGCAUGAAGCAAUGUGGGUUACGAUAAACUACAUAGAUUGUCGAGUCUAUUAUUUUGUAUCGUAACCCCAUUGGUUCAUGGGUGACAUAAACCUAUUUCACAAAAAAUUUUCAGUGCAAAUGGCGGAUGGCAAAGGGUAAAUGGCUUUUAGGUACUAAUUAAGCGUAAAAUUAAAGGUGUUAAAUAAAGCCCAGCAAUGUCAGAGCCAAGCAUUUGGAACCUUUAAUGAAUAAUUGUUUGGAUUUAUCCAUA